UUGACGCAUUUUGAGUCGUGAAGGUGGAGAACGACGUUCGGCAUCCUCCUGUCUCUCCUCAUUCCCUAUCUUUCUUUCUUUCGUUCGCUCGUUUCCUUUCGCGUAUGCUCUUCCGUCUGAAACGCAUUCGACGGAGGCACACGCGACUCGGCGGCAGAUUCAAUUUGCGCGCGUGUCAUCCGGGAGAAUUUAUGAUUUGCCAGUGAUUUUCGUGGAUCAAGGACUGUCAUUUAGUAGUGCGAUUUAUUUGCAAAUCGCGGGAGCUUACGACAGUGAUUUCCAAAGAAGAACGAUAUUUACUUCAGAUAUGGCCCAGACUUAUAAUCAGAAGAAAAAUGUGUACAGCAUCGAUCAAAUAUUGGGUCAUGACAAAGAUGGAGACCAUGCGACAUCGUCUGAUGCUGUGGUUGAUGGUGGCGAUAUGGAGCUCGGUCACCUGAGCGAUCAUCAGAUCAACGACGCGCUGCACGAUCCCUUAAAUCUGGGUGAGUCCGACCGACCACGCAAAGUGCGAAGAUCGCGUACAACUUUUACGACCUAUCAGCUGCACGAGCUUGAGAAGGCCUUUGGCAAUACGCAGUAUCCGGAUGUGUUCACCAGAGAGGAACUGGCGAUGAGGCUGGACCUUUCGGAAGCUAGAGUACAGGUGUGGUUUCAAAAUCGGCGUGCAAAGUGGCGCAAGAAGGAAAAAGCUUUAGGCAGAGAUACGAGUUUUAUGCACGUUGAACAAGGCGGUGUUAACGAAUUGUCCCUCCACGCACGGCUGUUGCAAACGGCGAGCGGUGUUCCCGGCACGGACUCCUCGGGUCCGCCGACAGGCGCGUUUCCCUGGUUCAUACCUCCGGUUUUCCCGUCACCCUGGCCACCGAGUGCACCCAAGUUGCCGCCAUUGCACGCACUCCUGUCGCAAUACAUCGGCCUGCCUUUGCCGCAGAACCUGGCGUCACUCGGCACGAUGCUUCCGGUCGGCCUGAAUCCGAGCUCGUCACUAAAUCACAGCAGCGUGAACGGACACUCCUUGGGCGGCCAUUUACACGGUCAUCCCUUGAAUCUCGGAGUGCAGAGCAUACCACAAAACCUAAGCUCGAAGAAUGACAGGGAGGAGGACUCGGCGUCGUCCGAUGACGAGAUCAGGAAGCAAAGCGCGGAAGUGCUGAGAGUAAAGGCGGAAGAAGCGCUACGCAAGGCGGACAAUUAACUGUGAGAGCUUACAAAUUUUUGUAAAUACCUUUGUAAAGACCUCUUCGGGUCGUCCAAAAGCCGUUUGAUACUAACGUAAACAUUUCGGGCGUAAACAUCCACGAAUCCUAUAGUAUCCUGUAUGAGUCAGAAAAUUAUUUCGUUUGUCAGGGCUGCAAGAGUAUGGAGUCGUGUCGAUCAUACAGUUCGAUAGGCAUUUUAAUAUGCGAUGUAUCCCGGGAGAAAACAUUGGCUUUUGCCAAUGUAUUCUAAAGUUAAAAUAAAAAGAAAAAUUAGAAAAAAGCUUUCCAUUACAACAAAGAAUUCUUUUAUUUUUGUGUUUUCUUCCGGGACACUCUGUAGAAUCUGAACUUAAGAUUCGAGUAACGUGUAUCCACUGUAUUCGAAUAGAAAACAGACUACAUUUGAUACAUUUGGAUAUUUGUUAUGAUAUAUCGAUUAAUGUUAUCAAUUUUGAACAUAUUCGAUCAGCAGCUUAGUCCAAUCGAUAGAUUCAAUGACUACACAACUUCAGCGCUAAUUAAAUAUUCACAUAAGACGCAAUAAUAAGUUUACCAGUUAUAAAUCAAUAAUAAUUAGUUGCUGAUUGAAUAUAUGCAACCUUUUUGAUUUAGAGACAUAGAGACUUUAAAAUUGUGAGAAUUAAUUUAUUCAAAUACGUUCUUAAUU